AUGGUUGAUGAGAAGAAACCAGCUCCCAACAAGGGAGCCAAGAAAGCCUUAAAGAAACAAUUAGCAAAGGCUGGGAAGAGGCAACGAAGGUCAGAGGAGGGGACUUACUCCACCUACAUCUACAAAGUGAUGAAGCAGGUUCACCCCAACACCGGCAUCUCUUCCAAGGCCACGAGCAUCAAGAAUUCUCUUGUGAAUGAUAUUUUUGAGUGCAUCAUGGGUGAGGCUUCCCGCCUGGCCCAUUAUAACAAGUGCAUCACUAUCAGCUCCUGGAAGAUCCAGACCACCGUGGGCCUGCUGCUGCCCGGAGAACUGGCCAAGCACGCCGUGUCUGAAGGGACAAAGGCAGCGACCAAAUACGCUAGCUCCAAGUAA